UGUAUUACGGUAAAAACCCCGAUGCAUCUUGGGAAGAAGAAGGUAUCGUCGUUCUUUCAAGAGCCGUACUUCACCGGCCCUUGUCGUUAUUAUCGUAAAUAUCUCGUUAAAGACCUUACACAACGUCGUUAGGAUAAGGAAACUACAUUGAAGUCUUGUGUGGAAGCAGUCGGUCCAAAUGGGAGCAGAUAAGAGGAUAAGUCGGACUGAACGGAGUGGCAGGUAUGGCUCCGAGGCAUCUCGUGAUUCUUCUGAUUGGCGCGACAGAAGAGAAAGAGAUCAAGAACGUGAUCGCCGCUGGUCAGAUGAGAGACGUAGCAAUCGAAAUGGAGAUCGAGAGCGAGACAGAGAUCGUCGAGGAUCUCGAGAAAGUCCAGAGCAAAGAGAGCCACGAGAGCGUAAAAGGCGAAACAGUGAGAGAUCAGAAGAUGGCUAUCACUCUGAUGGAGACUACUCUGAUCAGGAUUACAGAAGAGAAUCUGGGGAUGAGAAGAGAAGCAAGACCAUCAUGCUUUGGGGUCUUUCCACCGACGUCACCGAGGAAGAUAUUUGUUUUGCCAUUGAUCAACUGGAGGGUCCCCAGCCUGCUGAUGUCAGACUGAUGAAAAAGAAAACAGGUAUAAGCCGUGGUUUCGCCUUCGUGGACUUUUAUCACUUGCAAGAUGCUACCCGAUGGAUGGAGACCAAUCAGAAACUCCUUGUCAUCCAUGGGGAAACUGUGGACAUGCACUACAGUCAUCCAAGACACAACUAUGGCGACUGGCUCUGCAAUACUUGUGGCCUGUACAAUUUCCGGAGGCGGCUGAAGUGCUUCAGGUGUGGAGCAGCCAAAGUUGUCUGUCUUUCAACAGAAUGUGAUAUGGGCCCUAAUGCUGAUCUACCUGACACUCACCCUGGUGGAGACUUCUGUGGUGACACAAUCAUCUUGAGAAAUAUUGCUCCCCAGAGCACCGUGGAAGCCAUCAUGAACAUCCUCGCGCCAUAUGCCAAUCUUUCUGCAAACAACAUUCGCCUCAUCAAGGACAAACAGACGGGCCAGAACAGAGGUUUUGCCUUUGUUCAGCUGUCUUCGCCUCUGGAGGCCUCUCAGCUGCUAACUAUCCUACAAGGACUACAGCCUACUCUGAAAUUGGAUGGGAAAACAAUUGGAGUGGAUUAUGCUAAGAGUGCGAGAAAGGACCUUUUACUGCCAGAUGGGAAUCGCGUCAGUGCAUUCUCCGUUGCUAGCACAGCUAUUGCUGCAGCUCAAUGGUCUUCAAGUCAGCCACAGCCGAACGCAGAAGGUGUUUCUGAGUACAACCUCUUGCAGGAAGGCUACAACCCAUUGUCACAGGCUUUCUAUCAAGUUGCUGGAGCCAGCACCUCACAGGAGAAUGGGAUUCUCGGAGCGGCUCCUGGUGUGAAGAUUGUACCAACUGCUGCUGGGGUAGUACUCUCCCCCACCAUGCAAGUCUACCAACCACAUAUUAUUGGCCAGCCUGCUCUUCAAGCCUUGCAGCUGGCACAGCAGGUGGAGACCAAAUCACAGCCUGGACAUUUCCAAGGGGCUGUCGCUGUACCUGUUGCCACGGCAGCAUCUGUCACUGCAGCUACAACCUCUGGUCAAACUACAGACACCAACACUGUUGUUCCGGAUACGUCCACUUAUCAAUAUGAUGAGUCAUCAGGCUAUUAUUUUGACCCCCAAACUGGCCUGUACUACGACCCAACUUCACAUUAUUUCUACAACUCUCAGACUCAGCAGUAUCUCUAUUGGGAUGGUGAGAAGCAGUCAUAUGUCCCCGUUUCAGUUGACACAAACACUGCACAGACACCUACUGCAACAAACGCCAAAGAAGGAAAGGAAAAAAAGGAAAAGCCCAAAAGCAAAACUGCUCAGCAGAUUGCUAAAGACAUGGAGCGCUGGGCUAAAAGUCUAAACAAACAGAAGGAGAACUUCAAAGGCAGCUUCCAGCCAAUCAGUCAAGAGGAAAGAAAGGAGGCUGCCGCUGCUGAUGCAGGCUUUACUCUUUUUGAAAAAAAGCAAGCUGGUGUUCUAGACAGAAUGAUUUCAGACAUGAGCAAUUUCCCUGAAGAGGAAGCGGCUACAAGCUCUGGCAACUCCUCCUCCAAGUGCGGCUUAGUGGCAGCGUACACUGGAGACAGUGACCCUGAAGAGGCUGCCGACAGUGGGGAAGGAAGCCGGGACAAGUUGACGGACUGGAAGAAGCUUGCCUGUUUGUUGUGUCGGAGGCAGUUUCCCAAUAAGGAAGGUUUAAUACGACAUCAGCAACUGUCUGACCUCCACAAGAAAAACCUGGAAGUUUUGCGACGAUCUCAAAUGAGUGAAGCUGAGCUGGAGGAGUUGGAAAGAAGGGAAACAGAGCUGAAGUACAGAGACAGAGCAGCUGAGAGAAGAGAAAAAUAUGGCAUCCCUGAACCCCCUGUGCCCAAAAAGAAGAAAUACAGCCAGCCAACACCAGUCAUUAACUACGAGCAGCCCACUAAAGACGGCCUUAACAGUGACAAUAUUGGCAACAAAAUGCUGCAAGCUAUGGGCUGGAAGGAGGGUAAAGGUUUGGGUCGCAACCAACAGGGCAUCACUGCACCUAUUCAGGCCCAACUGAGAACGAAGGGAGCUGGUCUCGGUACUUCAGGCAGCAACUACACCCUUUCUGCAUUGGACACAUAUAAAGAUGCAGUUCGCAAAGCUAUGUUUGCCCGCUUUACUGAGCUGGAGUGAACAGACGUACAAAGUUCAGAGACUAAAUUGAAAGCUCCUCAAGUGGUAAAGCACAUUCCAUCUUGUAUGUUUAUUAUUCUGUCUUUACCCACAGUUGCUGACUAUUUAGUAUAAGAGAAUUGCAGAUUGAGGGAAAAAAAAGUAAAUAUAAUUUAUACGUUGUACAUAUGCACAGAUGAUGUAAUAAAGUAGUUGUUUUUUUGUGGGGUGCUUUACAAUAUUCCCUCAGCACACAGAGAUUGUACAGUUUUUAUAUAAAGAAUCUUGUCUCUUUACAACAAAUAAACCAAACAAAAAGAGCUCAAAUUUGUUUUGUCUUUACCUAAUUUACGAACACCUGGCCCCGAGGCACAGAACACCCAUGAGCUGCACAUGGUGGUUUGUUGUGAAUUUGUGGAAAAUAUCUCUGCAUAUUGAUGGAAAAUAAAGCGAUACAUAUUAAAAUA